UGGAUUGCAGAGCCGGCGAGCCAGAAACGGACAAUCGAGCAUAUCCAGACCGUGAGAACCGGGGUGGUUCAAGGGACUUCUCUUAUCUUCAGCGUUUUUUUUAAAAUGACCUUAAUUAACCACAUUUUCGUCGUCACUGGUGCCGGACGCGGCCUCGGUCGUGCAAUCGCGCAGACACUUGCCGCGCGCAGCUCCGAAGCCGAAACCCGGCACAUCGUGCUAGUCGGUCGCAACCGUCGGGAUUUGGAGAGCGCCAGCAGCGAGUGCAUCAGCAGCACCACGCGCACGUACAUAAUAGCGGACUUUGAGCUCUCAGAGCCUUCGGACAGCUGGGCCUCGGUGGUGCUCGACAAGGUGGGCGCGAUUGCGCAGGAGGCCACCGGUCCGCUGCGGCUGACAUUGGUGAACAACGCCGGCACGCUGGGGGAUCUGAGCAAGCACGUGGUGGACUACAGUGCGGCGGAGAUAUCUGAAUACGCGACCAUUAACUUUGUCUCAUUCAGUGUCCUGACGGGGCGGUUUCUGGGGUUCGCCAAAAAGCAGAAUGCUGAGCGGAUUUGCGUGGUCAACGUGUCGUCAUUGCUGGCCAUCAUGGGGUUCAGCAACUGGGGGCUGUAUGCGGCUAUUAAGGCAGCGCGCGACCAGCUGUUGAAGGUGGCGGCGCUGGAGAGUCAGGGGGAUCAGCGCGUAAAGCUGCUGAGCUAUGCGCCGGGCCCACUGGACAAUGACAUGCAGGAGGUGGUGCGCACGACGGUGGGCGAUCCGGAGCAGAAGCAAAUUUACGGCGAUCUGCACAAGGAGAAGAAGCUGGUGGGCAUGGCGGUGACGGCCGGGAUUAUGUGCGAUUUGCUCGACAAGUGGGAGUUUGAGAGCGGCGCGCACAUUGACAUUUACGACGUGGUGCCGCCGCCGGCGUGAUCGUCCAUGAGUAGAUUUCUUUCUUGGGCUUGAAAAGGAAAAAAGCUGAUGUGGAAGGGGGAUUUACUUGGUUCUUGAAAUGCAAGGUCUUGUGUGGCGAAACAUGUCUGCCUCCUUGUCUUGCUAUUUCACUUUAUUUUAUGCCAAUUAUUAAUAUUCUGUAAAACACAGUGGGAGGAAGGGAAGCUACAC